UUCAGUUUCCUCUCAGGUCGCCUCGAGCAGAGCGCAGACCUCGACCGGGGGAAAGAGGACGAGGCCAUGGCUUCCUCUGCCUCCGGGAGGGGAGGACGAGGGCUCCUCUUCGCGGCAGUAGUGAUGGCGCUGGUUGUGGCUAAGCCGGCGGCGGCGUGCUACCCGCGCGUGUUCAGCUUCGGGGACUCCCUGGCUGACACGGGCAACUUCGGCUUCUACUACGGCAACGACUCCGGCGAUCCCUCGCUCCGGCCACCCUACGGCGAGACCUACUUCCACCGCGCCACCGGACGCUACUCCAACGGCCGCCUCGUCAUCGACUUCAUUGCGGAUACGCUGGGACUGCCGUUCGUUCCGCCGUACUUGGGCGGGCGGAGGGCCGAGGACUUCGCGUGCGGGGCCAACUUCGCAGUGAGCGGCGCCACCGCGCUCAGCCCAGACUUCUUCAGGGACAUGGGUUUCAACAUAGGCGAUGGCCGAGUGCACCUCGACAUGGAGAUGAAGUGGUUCCGCGCCCUGCUCGAAUUGCUCUGCUCCGGCGACCUCGCUGGUUGCUCGGAUAUGAUGAGCCAAUCCCUCUUCUUGGUUGGAGAAAUUGGGGGCAAUGACUACAACAUACCUCUUCUCUCCAGAGUGCCUUAUGAGAAUAUUCGCUCCUUCACUCCGAGUGUCGUUGCUAAAAUUUCUUCUACAAUCACUGAAUUGAUUGGGCUAGGAGCCAAGACUCUGGUGGUUCCAGGGAACCUCCCAAUUGGAUGCGUCCCAAAAUAUUUGUUGAUAUUCAAGAGUGAUAAGAAAGAUGAUUAUGAGCCAGAGACAGGUUGCCUCAGGUGGAUGAACGAGUUCUCACAGUACCACAACAAGCUUCUCAUAAAGGAGCUGGAGAAUCUGCGCAAGCUUCAUCCUGGUGUGACAAUCAUCUAUGCUGACUACUAUGGGUCUGCUAUGGAAAUUUUCCUUUCCCCUGAACGAUUUGGGAUCGAGAAUCCUUUGGUGGCUUGCUGCGGUGGAGAAGGAACCUACGGUGUGUCACUAACAACAACUUGUGGAUAUGGGGAUUACAAGGUGUGUGAUAACCCAGACAAAUAUGGAUCAUGGGAUGGCUUCCAUCCAUCAGAAGCUGCAUACAGGGCCAUUGCUAUGGGCCUUCUACGAGGCUCAUACACACAACCGUCAAUUGCUACCACCACCAGUUCAUGUCCACAGCUUACUGAGCUCGGCUCUUCUGUUGAAUACAAGAACCGCGGUACUGUACAGCACUUCAUGGCUGUUGCCCAAGUGAUUGGUUGGAUUUUGUUUUACCUUCUCUUUUUCUAGCCACAGGUUUUACUCGCUGUUCUUUUACUGGUUCUCUCGAAAUCCCAAUACCUUUUUAUUCCUUAGUUGUAUAUAGUUAGAUUCUAACUUCUGAGCGUCCUCUCUUCUGUAUAGUGCUAGAGCUAGUGUUAUGAGGAGAGAACAAGUCUCCUCAUAACCGAGCUUGGCUGGUGCAGCGGAGAUGUUGUCUUCUUCAUCUUUUCUUUUCCUUGUAAAUGUAAGUAUCCAUUUCUUUAGAUGAAGGCAUUGCAUACCGAGCUUUUGCUCUGUCAAGAAAUACAGAAGUUUGUAUUAUUUUCAGAGCGUUCUCUUGUA